UUCCGACUUUGUAUAGUUCAAGUGGGUGACAGAUUGUCCUCAUAGGACUACGAACAAGUCCUGGGUUUAAAAAGAGAAGCGGCAACCUAGAAACCUGGAGAUAAACCUGGGAAACCGUUAGGCUGGACUACGAGACAAAGAAAGGCCCUAACUGGCUGCGGCUGUGGAGGUCGAGACAUUCAAAAGUUUUGCACAAUGGCUGCUACGCUGAAUGGGGUGAUUUAUUCGGCCCCAGAUACGCCGUCGCCAGUCUAUCCCGAUAGACUGAUCCGUCCCCUACCAAAGCGUACCCUUCGGUCACGGUUGUCCUCCGAUGCGGCCGAUUCGAUCCUCUACCCUCCUGCGCCACCGGCAACACAGCUUUUCUACGGAGCUUGUACGACCAAUAGGGAUGCUGUAAAUGACUCCAAAGUACAUGUACAACAAAGUGAUGGGGGCCCUGAUCUAAGCCCUGAUAGUCGGGACCACCAUAUUCCCUAUGAAAAUGGUGUUGACUUUGACAGUGGUGACGAGGAUGGACCGGUGGUUGUACGACGGAGCACCGGAUUUCGUGGAUCGUCCCUGUCGCCUACGCCUUCCAAAGUGCAGCACCAAACUCCAGGCAUAGGGAAGGAACAAUCGACCAAAUCAUCUCCGACCGGUCCAGACGGGUACGAUGCCUUUGAGAACACUAACAACAAGAAGAAGCGGAAGAUUCCAACGCCUGGAAAUAUGGGCAGUCACCACUCUUCUUUGUCACCAGAAUUUGCAACCAUGGCAUUAGCGAACCCUGGACAACAAGGUUCUGCAUCAUCUGGAGAAGGUGGUCAUGUCAGCACAUUCUACGGCACGGGUAGUCCCGCGUCACCUGUGGGCAGUGGGAUGUCUGGUUCGGGCAGAGGACGUCUUGGACGUCAAGGGAGACGGUCAUCAAUACAUGGACACAUUACUUGGUCGUCACAAAAUCGUGGUGCUGGUCGUCGAGACGGACCGUUGUCCUCCCCAGGACCAACAGGCGAGUCCGGCGCGCGUAACCAAGGUAUUAUCUCCGCUGCGAUCGCGAGUGCUGCUGCGUCAGCUUUCUCACCAUCUGCGUUUAAAACUUCUGCUCAAGGCAGCAUGCUUGAACAGCAGACCACCCCGACGAGGACCCAGUUUACUUUCACCUGCGAAUCCGACUCGUCUAAAGGGAUGGCCUUGCAUGCGCAAAACCCGCACUCAGCUCAGCAGCGGUCGCCGAUCGCCGAGUCCCAACAAGGGAACAACCCCCGAGGAUUAUCUACGCAAGGCACGCAGACCAGUCCCACUGUCACAGCGCAGAUGAGCCAGCAAUCAAAUCCCCAACAACAACCACCACCAUCACAUCAACCACAGGCGUCUACUGAACUACCUGCGGAACGCAAGAAAAAGAGGUCACCUGGCAGUAUCUAUAUGCUGGCUGCCCGUCAACGAAAAAUCCAACAACAAUACGCAAACCUCCACCACCCGCCCAGUCUCCAGGACAUCUGGAUCUGUGAAUUCUGCGAGUACGAGAGCAUAUUUGGGCGACCUCCCGAGGCUCUCAUUCGGCAGUACGAGAUAAAAGAUCGUAAAGAACGCAAGCGGCUGGCGGAGAAAAAGAGACUUCUGGAGAAGGCGAAGAUGAAGGGUCGCAAGCAUAAGAAGGCACCCAAAAAUGCAACAAAGCAUACGGCUGCUCAGCAUGCAGCGUAUGAUCAUGGCUAUGACCGGGUCUCUGUCGAUCAUUCUUCGGUAGGAGAAGGACCGCACCACGAUGACUGGGGACAUGAAUACGACAAUGAAGCGACAACCGCUGGCCCACCGGCUACCCCUGAAGGGACUUUCAAAUCACCGCUUCCCCCGGGAAGCGCGGCCAAGAAGCCCACUGCGGCGCCUUUGGGCGGUAGGGGUGCAGUAGAAGGAGGAUUGAAACCACCCUGA